UGAUUAUAAAUUCAAAAUGGAGUUCGAAUGGUUUCUAAAAUAUUGUAAAGAAACAAUAGAAGAAAUCUUCGUUAUUUUAGUAGAUAUGCUUCAGAAUACGAGCGAACUUUGGAACUCAAAUGAUUUGCAGGUCAAAAUUUCGUUCAUCCUCGCUGGAAUGUUGUCAGUAAAUGUUGUUCUUAUUGGAAUCGCCUGGAUUAUUUACAGUGGUGUUAUUGCUCAAAUGUAUUGUGCGAAGGCAAAGCAACAAGCCUUGAUCGCCUUGAAGAAUACCACAAUUGACUCAGCAAAUAAAGCACACACGAAAAGGGAAUAGAUUGCUGCACAUAAUCUUCGCCAACACAAAAAAGGGGUUAGAUAAAAUUGACCAAACCAAGUGCAUUUUGAUAUAUUUUUGGAGUGGAAGUGGCUUGCCCCUAUGCGAGUAAAUGACCUAGCUACCAUUUAAUGGCCUAUCCGUGCUGUAAGCUUGUUAAAAAUAGCAGUAAAUAAAGUACAUGCUGCGUUAGAAAAGCACGCAACUCAACCGUGCGUAGAAAUUUUAUAUUUACUUUGAUACAUUGACAGUUGACACGUAAUGCUUCCUGGCAACAGUCAACUACACACUUUUAGUCCUUGUAAAAUCUUUGUUUACUGGGCACCUUCAUUAACCAUAACCAAAACAGCUAAAGUUAGUAACUUAAGUGUCUAAAAGUGAACUGCCUUUUAUUUGUAUUUCGUGAAAUUUAAGUAUUUUAUAAGUUAUGAAGGAAGAACAACGGGAGUUAUGUGUUCCAAAUAAGAUUCUUCAGACAAGAUACAUUUGAAAAGUACACGGAUUAAUAUACCGAUUUUAACAGACUUCAAGAUGUAAAGCUUCGUUUGUAUAUCAUUUCGUGCCAAAAGUUUGUAAAACAACGGAAUUUUCUGCGUUACGAGUGGCUUUCGUUAAUCGAAAUAAAAGAUCGUAAGUCGAAGAUUUCCCUCAGUACUGCAGUGUUCCUGUUGCAAAGGUCCUACAAGAUGGAUUGUGAAACGAAAUAAGCAACACAACUCAUAUUAUCUAAAGAAUUAACCAAGUGCUUUGUCUUGUGAAUGGAGAGUUCUUCUCAUUUACGACAAACACAUCGUUGUUUUUCUGUCUUUUUGGAAAUUGAUUCUACUGUAAAGAUGAUUCUACAGUAUUUACAUAAGUAUUGUAAAAUAUAUUUUCCUGAGAAACUUGCUCAGAAUGUUUUACAAACACACAGUUUUUGACUUCUAAUACAUUUCAAUGUAAAUCUAUAACAAUAAUUUGUCGUAAAUUUCGACUAUAAAUUAGCAAUUACGAGGAUUAUCAUGACAAACAUAGCUUCAGCUUAAAUGAACAGCAUGCCUUCAGCAUUUGGCUGUCAAGACCUAUUAAAACCUCUUGAAUGUAAGAAGAGAAACAUCAUACGUUAUCGACUUCGUGUAAGACAAAACUGGUGUUGAUUGCUCGUAGAAGUAAAUAUGAAGACUAACAGCCACCGAUCGUCAACAAUGUUCACAUUUCUCUUCAGUAUUUCUAUCAUCCUUCUCGCUGGAACAAAAGUCGUGCAGGGUAAAGCCUUGUCUCGAAGUUGUCUGGAUUAUCUAAAGAGAGGUCAUAAAACCGAUGGUUUUUAUAAAAUCCGCAAUUCAAACACAAACAAGAUCAUUACAGUUUACUGUGACUUGACAUCUGAACCUGGAUCGGCGUGGACGUUGGUUAUGUCGUUUGCUUUAAUGUACAAAAAUAUAAAUCAGUUGACAAAGAAAACCUUCCGUGAAAACGCACCAGUAAACAAAUAUUCUCCCAACUGGAUGUCCUAUCGCAUGAGCUGGUCGCAAAUGAAUUACUUGAAAUCUCUCUCGACGCACUGGAGAACAACGUGCAGUUACCCUGUCAGCAAGGUUGAUUACAGGGACUAUGUCAGAGCUAAAUUCUCAGAUUUUGACAUCAUGACAUUUUUAGGCAAUGGAGUUUGUAAAAAGGUAGAGUUUAUAAACAUCCGGGGCUUUUCGUGCGCUGAUUGCACAUCAAAAUGGUGGCAAAUAUUGAAUCAAGACUCACUGCACAUCGACAGCGUUGAAACUGGAUGUCAACUUGUUGCUAGAGCUGGAGCUGUUAGUUCUGAAGAUAACUUUGGCCUUUAUCUUAGUACUAACAAGAAAUUCCGGUGUACCAAUAAUGAUAUUUCCACAACAAACUGGUGGUUUGGCGGUUACAUAUGAAUCAAUUGAUAUUAAUAUUUACAUGACUUUUGUUUACAUUUAUUAAUUUUGCACAUUCAAAGUAAGCACAAACAACAAUUGACAAUGUAAUCGAUUGUAGUACACAAAUGAAAUUAAUUCAAUUAGAAUAAUCUAAUCCUAAACAAAGCCACCAUUUUAUACAAGAAUCCUCAAUUAUAGAUUUCUUGAAUUACACAUUUCUUAUAACCGA